AAGAACGUUUUAGACUGUGAGCUGAAAAUGCAAAUUAGAACUCGACACCACUCGGAGAGAGAGACAGAUAGAGAGUACAGAAGCAGCCUCUAUUCUCGGCAAUGGCGUACUCCGUCGCCAGGCGCACAAUAGCAUCCACCCUCAGCCGAACUCUCUUUUCUUCUUCUUCAUCAACCUCAGUCUCCUCGUCUCGCUUCCGCUUCGCUCUCGCCGUCUUUAACCAACAACAACAACUCGUACCCGAACCGGUCAAAGCGCCGGUCCGGUUCAAGAACUCCGGUUCGGGUUACUCGCCGCUGAACGAUCCGUCGCCGAACUGGAGCAACCGGCCGCCGAAGGAGACGAUCCUUCUCGACGGCUGCGAUUACGAGCACUGGCUCAUUGUCAUGGAGUUUCCCGUGAAUCCCAAGCCCUCUGAAGAAGAAAUGGUCGACUCUUAUGUCAAAACCCUAGCCAAGGUUCUGGGAAGCGAGGAAGAGGCGAAGAAGAAGAUAUACUCGGUUUCCACAACUACGUAUACUGGUUUUGGUGCUUUGAUUUCUGAGGAGCUUUCUCUCAAAGUAAAAGAGUUACCUGGUGUUCUGUGGGUUUUGCCGGAUUCAUACCUUGAUGUUCCCAACAAAGAUUAUGGAGGGGAUUUGUUUAUUGAUGGGAAAGUCGUACCAAGACCUCAGUUUAGAUUCAGUGAUAGGCAACAGCCGAGUAGGAACAGGCCUCGCCCACGGUUCGAUAGGCGUAGAGAAGCAAUGCAGGUUGAGAGGAGAGAGCCAAUGCAUAACAGGGCGCAAAACUUGGAUGCCAUGGAUAGGGAUUGAGGUUGCGGAAUUUCUCAAUGGAAAGUUUGAAUUUCACAAUAUUUUUAGAGAAUCUUGGAGCUCAGGGUACUGAAAUUCCGGUCGUAUAUCUCAUGUGAAUGGUUAGAGACGACUACCCUAAAGUCCUCUGAUUAUGUGUAGUGAGAAACUUAACAAAGCUUCUUUUCUGCAUCUUUUAUGAGUUAGGUGAAUAUAUGUUGUUGAGUCUCAGUUUGUUCUGUGAACUUUAUUUGAUUUAUGAGCAUAAUUUUAUGUUAUUCUAGAAACCUGUAUGAUGUUUUCAACUGCGGAUUUUCAGAAUUGGAAAGAUGAGCAUAUCUGAGAUGCACAGCAUUUUCAGAAAGUAUUAGUA